AUGGUUGUUCAAUGGAGCCACGGCCGCCCGGAAGACACUGGAACCGCCGCCGAGUCCCGCAACGAAGACCAAUCAGAUCCUGGCAUUCCGCCGCAAGCCGUCGAUGAACAGGAAAUAGGGAGACGAGACAGUUCGGCUGGAGAGAACAGAGUGAGAAGCAGCGGAGGAAGUCAAGGACUACUCGCACUAGGAGAUUCAUCAGUGAUAAUAUUGCUGUGGCCCGCUUUACCGGCCAUCUAUUGUAACUUGGAGUUGAGGCGGAUAAAUCUGUUAGUGUUAUUUGUUGUUGGUGUUUGUCGAGGAUUUUAG